AUGCCAACUGCCAUCUCUGGUGAUCCAACCGUGAAUGCAUGGACGGAUGCCAAGAGUGCCAGCAUCAAUUGGGAAGAUCCGGACGAUGUUCUCAGCAACGACUGGACAUUUCUGCGUAUUGUGGAAUUUCACCCCGCCCUUGCAGAAUACGCCAACACACAUCCAAAUGAAAAAGAAAAUUGGCAGACAAUCUUCAUGGACCCGCAGUGCACAGAAGAGCGUAUAAAGGCAUUGCAGUUGUGGUUAAAAAAAGGGUUACUUUCCCUUCGUGAGGAUCGAUGGUGUCGACAUUGUGGUCAACAAGGACACACAAGACGUCAAUGUAAACAACUACAUUCAUCUGUAGAGAAUGAGAAUGAAAAUGAAAAUGAGAUAAUAACAGGAACAACAACAACAACAGGAACAGGAAUAGGGCAGACAAAACCAAUAAGUCGUGUAAUGUCUCGUUUUGCUGCCCAUCAGGCAGAAAUUGAGCGUUGUAAACUUCUUCAAGAGAAACAUUGGAAUGAUACUCGUAAUGCUCCUCAAGUAAGAAGAAAUCAUUCCUAUGGACCUUCUAAACGUGGAGGUGUUGGGGAUCCCAAUAGUAAUAAUGAUCAAACAGGACGUCCAAAGACAAAGAAGGAACUCACUCUCUUCGCAGAAGAAAGACGUCGAGGAACUGUAGGGCGUAUUGAUACUCAAUAUGGAAUUGGAUUUGUUCGUGUAGCGGAUGUUGGGGAUGUGAAGUUUUUUAUGGAUCGUGUGGAUUACGGAAUAAAAGAAAUUGCUCUUGGGGAUGCGGUAACACUAAAGAUUGAUCAAAGUAGAGAUUACCCACUCGCUGUGGAUAUUAGACCUGAAAAACCAAAUAUUACUUUAGAGGAUGUUCAUAAAUUUCUUCAACGAUGCAAAACCACAACACAACCGAUAAAAAUUAUUAAAACAAUCAUGACUCACACAUAUGAAUGGCCAGUGUUGCUUGGACUCUUGCGUGAGAUGACGAAUACCGCUUUUGUGGAUGGAGUACAUACAAUUGUAGAAUUAACCACUUUUGUUGGGAAUAGAGAACCUAUUCAUAUUCCUUUAUUGGAAUCUUUUCUUUCCAUGAUGUUACGAUCAUCUAAUAAGGAAACAGUCCCUCCAUUCUUUCCACAAAUGGUAUUAGAUGCCCUUACAAUGGGUAAUAAAACCGAACAACCAGAAGAAAUUUCCAUGAUGGUAGAACGAUGGAUUGAAGUUGUAAAUCUUGUUAUACUUCUUCGUCAAUAUGCUAAUGCUAAAAAUGAAGUAACGGAUGAAGUUCAAUCUAAACUUAUUUCAUUAUUAACGGAAUACUUAAAUUCUACUGUUUCUAUACCAACAGCAGCAAGUAAAAAGAAAGUAGAAACAGCACUUAAAAGAUUACAAAGUCCAUCUGAAAAUAAAACAUUAACGCAUAUUAUUCCAUCUGCUGAUGAAUUUAGUGUUCCUCCACCAGAUCCUCAAUCACCAUUUAGUCCACAAAAUCUUCCUAUUAAUGGUAAGACAGAAUAUAAUUCUACAGAUAAUUUUAUUACAGAUCAUUGUCGUUUACUUCGUGCGGAUACUUUUGAAAUGGUAAGUCGUCUUCUACCAGCUAUGUGUUUUCAACUUCCUCAUUAUACACCUUCUAAGGAAACAGAAGCGGAAAUACCUCAUAUACGAUUAUAUGAUGGUGUUAGAUUUAUGGGUCGUGUCUUAACACGUGAUAGAGAUUAUGCCUCACCUGAUAGUUAUAUAUUGCAAGUACAUCCAAAGAAUGCUUUGGCAAAUCCUCCAUCUCAACUUCUUCCUGGAACGACUGUUUGUAUUACCACAGGUCUUGAUCGUACCGUUAUGAAUGCAAAUGAAAUGUUUUGGGGAAUAAUAACAUCGUGUAAUAUAAAUCUUUUAGCUGGAAAUAUGAUUGUUUUAACACCAUGUGAAUCUAGUACUAGUUUUGAUAUUCUAGCAGAACAUUUACAACGGAAUGAAGAAUUAGGUAAAACAGAUCAUUCUUGUAUCUUAGUAACGAAUAUAUUUAUGGCAGGAUAUAAAAGUAUUAUGAAAGCACUUAGUGCCUUUGUAGGUCCUCUUGCUAUGCCACUUCCUAUGUCCUCUAUCUUAGUAAAUGAAGAAGCUGCUGCGAAUGCUGUACAAGUAGGAAAUUGGAAACCUAGAAAUCCUGAUGAUCUUGUUUCUUAUAUACCACCUUAUUGUGAAUUUGCCUUUAUGGAUUUAAUUGAUGGUGUAAGAGAUCGUUUUUCGCUUGAUAAAGGACAAGAAGAAGUUAUGCGUUGUCUUCCUACUUCUGAAAUUCUUCUUGUUCAAGGUCCACCUGGAACAGGGAAAUCUUUUAUUGGAUGUCGGGUAGUGGAAGUGUAUGUACGGUAUAAACAACUUGUAGCCUCUGGAGAUAUUCUUCGUACGAUUGAUGUAGAUCAACUUCGUUCAACAUCACCAGAUGAUAUGUUACCAACAGUUGGACCUAUUGUUAUCAUUACAUAUAAAAAUCAUGCUCUUGAUGAAUUUCUUAUUGAUCUUUUAAAGAGUAAACUAUGGGAUGAUGAAAGACCUCGAAUUGCUCAACUUCUUCUUGGUAAUGGUUCUAAUGCGGGUAAAUCAGAAUUUUUUCCACGAGCUAAACGUAUUGUACGUAUUGGUGGUAGAUCACGUGAGGCUGCACUUGAUCCAUAUAAUCUUAGUUCCCUUAUACGUGCAAAAAGUGAUAAACCUGUUCUUAAUAGUUUAAAAGAACGUUUAUUUCUUAUGAAUCAAAGAUUAGAACGAUUAUUAAAAGAAAUUCAUUAUUUAGAGUCUGGACGUGUACCAAAGUCUCUUUUUGAACGAUGGUUAACAGAAGAACAACGUAAACAUAUUCGCUAUGAAGAUCGUGAUGAUUGGUUACAAGGAAAACAGUAUGUUGGUGCUAAUGCUCGUACAGUGGAACGAACAUUAUUUCUGGAUAUUUUACGAACUCAUAUGUCUGUUGCUUUAGAAAAGGCAGAAACUUCUUCUUCUGAUCCCACCGCUGCUGUUGCUGCUGUUGAUAUCGCUAAAAAAGCUCAAGUAGAUGAAGAUGGUGGAGCUCCUCUUAGUGUAUUUCAAGAAAUGAGACGUGAAGAAGAAACCCGUGAUUUUAACGAUGCCUUACAUACUAUAUAUCUCUCUGCAGAGGCUAUGCAUUUAGCCAAAAAUCCACCUUCACGACCAGAAGGUGUACCAAAGGAAUUACUUUCACUUUGGAGUCUUGAACCUCAACUUCGUCAUGAGUAUUAUGCCUAUUUAAUUCGUGAAUGUAUAUCUACAAAGGCUAGAGAUUGUUUAUUAAUUAUGGAUGCUAUUAUGAAUGUGGUGACUAUUCGUAAUCAUGCGAUGGAUGAAUUAAAACUUGAAUUACUUCGUGGAGCCGAUGUUGUUGGUCUCACUACAACUGGAUGUGCAACGAAUCAAAAUUUAUUACGUUCUCUUCGGCCAAGUGUACUUGUUGUGGAAGAGGCGGCUGAAGUAUUGGAGUCCCAGUUACUUGCCUGUAUGACAGAUUCUCUUCAGCAAGUGGUACUUAUUGGAGAUCAUUAUCAACUACAACCCAAGGUAGAGACCUUUCUUUAUGAGAAAGUUAAUAAAUUAAAUAUGUCUCUCUUUGAACGUUUAGCUUCACGUAUUAAACCUAUUGGUUUAACAGAACAAAGACGUAUGCAUCCUACUAUUUCUCGUAUGGUUCGUCCAUUCUAUGAAUCGCAGGUGUUAUUAGAUAAUGAACAUCUCCCUACUAGACCAUUUGUCUCUGCGAUGGGUGAGAAGUACACAGACGGAGUUCCUGGAUUGGCAAAGCGGGUGUUCUUCUGGCGGCAUAAUCGUCCAGAAGAGGAGGCGCCUGGAAGUCGUAGUAAAGUAAACUUGAAGGAGGUGGAUAUGGUAGUGAAUAUGAUCACUCAUCUCACCAGUGAGGGUGUUCAUCAGAAGUCUAUUACGGUCAUUACACCUUAUCUUGGUCAGUGUCGAAUGCUGCGAACAACACUGCGUUUACGGGCUUUUAGUGAUGUUGCUGUGAGUACGGUGGAUCUUUUUCAGGGUGAUGAAAAUGAUGUUAUCAUUCUUUCCUUGGUUCGUACAGAGAAAUUGACAGAGUUCUUAAGAAUGCGAAACCGUAUGAUUGUUUGUUGUAGCCGAGCACGUUUUGCAAUGGUGAUCGUUGGAAAUGAUGUUCUUUUACAACAAUCUAAUCAUUGGAAACAAGUUUUGGAUUUACUGCAGGAAGACGAUUGUGUGGGAGAUCGUCUCCCUAUUACCCGCCGUAAUUCAUCAGAGACAAUUGAAUGGAUGGAAGCUUAA